AUGUGAGUGCACAUUUGGCAAUUGCAAGAUAUCUCGCUAAACAGAGGGAUUAUUUUAUUAAAAAUCCUGAUAAAGGAAUAUCAAAUUUUAACUGAAUUUUUAUUUUAUGUGAAGUAAUUUUAAUAAAAUGUUAGAUUUACUAAAACGUGUGGAUGCCUAUCCAAAAACAUUCGAGGAAUUUAGUUUUAAAACUCUCAUGGGAGCAAUAGUCACAAUUAUUAGUUCAGUACUUAUUGGUGUUCUGAUUCUACUGGAGGUAAAUGCAUUCCUUACACCAAAUAUCUCAGAAGAAUUAUUUGUUGAUACUACACGAAGUCACAAAUUGCAAAUCAACGUGGACAUUACUGUUCCAAGAAUCUCUUGUGAUUAUCUCAGUGUUGAUGCAAUGGACACGGCAGGUGAACAACAUCUGCACAUAGAGCAUAAUGUCUACAAACGCCGGUUAGAUCUCGAUGGAAAUGUUAUCACCGGAGAUAAACCAAUCAAAGAAAUGAUGACGACAACUGAAAAGAAGACGGAACAGUCUUCAACUGAGAAAGCCGUAGAAAAUACCACACCUGCUUGUGGCAGUUGUUAUGGUGCCGGAGUUAAUGAUACCCAUUGCUGCAACACUUGCCAAGAAGUAAUUGAUGCCUAUCGUGUUAAGAGAUGGAAUCCCAAUCCUGAAGAUUUUGUCCAGUGCAAAAAUGAGAAUAUCACCGGAAAGGGCCAGAGUAAGAAUGCUCUCAAAGAAGGCUGCCAGAUUUAUGGCAAUAUGGAAGUUAAUCGAAUGGGAGGCAGUUUUCACAUAGCUCCUGGUCAGAGCUUCUCCAUAAAUCACGUUCACAUCCAUGAUGUUCAACCCUAUACCUCAACAAGCUUCAAUACAUCACACACAAUCAAUCACCUCUCAUUUGGCGAAAGAAUCAACUUUGCCAAUACCCAUCCCUUGGAUGAACUAAAAGUUACAGCUUCUGAGGGUGCAACAAUGUUUCAGUACUACGUUAAAAUUGUCCCAACCCUCUAUGUAAAACGCAAUGGGGAGUCUGUGCACACAAAUCAAUUUUCUGUGACACGCCAUCAGAAAGUCGUAUCCGUUAUUACGGGUGAAUCAGGAAUGCCUGGUAUCUUCUUCAGCUAUGAGCUAUCACCACUCAUGGUGAAGUAUACAGAAAAGGACAAUUCCUUGGGACAUCUGGCCACAAAUAUUUGUGCUAUUGUCGGUGGGAUAUAUACGGUAGCAGGAAUUUUCUAUUCUAUGCUACAUACAUCCCUCAAUGCAAUCCGGAAGAAGAUUGAAUUAGGAAAAUUUAGCUAAAGAACAGAAUGUAACCAAAUUACAUAGAAAUUUUGAUCUGAUGACUGAGAGUAUAUGGAAUGUGGGUGGUUUUACCAAAAUUCGAUGACAAAAAGAAAAUAAAUUAUCAAAAUUUGAUAAAGAC